AUGGGCGGUGCAAGUCGUGAAGGCGGCAAAGCCAAGCCUUUGAAGGCACCAAAGAAGGAGAAGAAGGAAGAGGACGAAGAUGAGAUCGCGUACAAGGCCAAGCAAGCCGCAGAUGCUAAAGCGCGAAAGGAAAUGGCCGAGAAGGCAAAAGGCAAGGGACCCAUGAACGCUGGUCAACAGGGAAUUAAGAAGAGUGGAAAGAAAUAA